CACAUAACACUCCCCUCCAGCGCGCGGAGCCACCCUCUCCCCUCCUUCUCGCCAACACCACCGCCUCCCCUGACACCGCUGCCACCUCGCCGGACGCUCCGCAGAUUGCCGCGGCCGGCCAGGGGGCGGUGCGCCGAGCGUGCGCGCCCGGGACGCCAGAUGUGCAGUCGCCGCCGCCGCCGCCGCCGCCGCUAGUGCCCCAGCGGCAGCCAGAGCCAGGUCGGGUCGUCUGAGCAAUGCUGCCGCGGGGGCGACCUUGAACGCACCCUGGUUUCCCUCGGCGGGGACCACCCCGAGCCCCUGUGCCGGGUCCUGCCCUCUCCAGCUCGGCUCGCCCUGCGCUUGCUUGGUCAUGGAAGGGGCGGCAGUGUCCGCGGCAGGGGAUGGCCCUGCUGUAGAGACCGGCUUGCCCGGCUCUCCGCUGGAGGCGGUGGCCGGGGCGACUGCAGCCCCAGUGGAGCCCAGGAAGCCGCACGGGGUGAAGCGACAUCACCACAAACACAACUUGAAGCAUCGCUAUGAACUGCAAGAGACCCUGGGCAAAGGUACCUACGGCAAAGUCAAGAGAGCCACAGAGAGGUUUUCGGGCCGAGUGGUUGCUAUAAAAUCCAUCCGUAAGGACAAAAUUAAGGACGAGCUAGACAUGGUUCACAUCAGACGAGAGAUUGAGAUCAUGUCAUCCCUCAACCAUCCUCAUAUCAUCAGUAUUUAUGAAGUGUUUGAGAACAAAGAUAAGAUUGUGAUCAUCAUGGAAUAUGCCAGCAAAGGAGAGCUGUAUGAUUACAUCAGCGAGCGCAGGCGCCUCAGCGAGAGGGAGACCAGACACUUCUUCCGGCAGAUUGUAUCUGCUGUGCAUUACUGUCACAAGAAUGGUGUGGUUCACCGGGACUUGAAGCUGGAGAACAUACUGCUUGAUGACAACUGCAACAUUAAGAUUGCUGACUUUGGGCUCUCCAACCUAUACCAGAAGGACAAGUUCUUGCAAACGUUUUGUGGGAGCCCACUCUAUGCGUCGCCCGAGAUUGUCAACGGCAGGCCUUAUCGAGGGCCAGAGGUGGACAGCUGGGCCCUGGGUGUCUUGCUUUACACUCUCAUUUAUGGAACGAUGCCCUUCGAUGGCUUUGAUCACAAAAACCUCAUCCGGCAGAUCAGCAGCGGAGAGUACCGAGAGCCCACACAACCCUCAGACGCUCGGGGACUCAUCCGGUGGAUGCUGAUGGUGAAUCCCGAUCGCCGAGCCACCAUCGAGGACAUCGCCAACCAUUGGUGGGUGAACUGGGGCUACAAGAGCAGCGUCUGCGACUGUGACGCCCUUCCUGACUCCGAGUCUCCGCUCUUGGCACGGAUCAUCGAUUGGCAUCACCGUUCCACGGGGCUGCAGGCUGAGGCUGAAGCCAAGAUGAAGGGUCUGGCCAAACCCGGGGCCUCUGAGGUUGUGUUGGAGCGGCAGCGGUCACUGAAGAAGUCCAAGAAAGAGAAUGACUUUCCCCAGUCUGGCCAGGACUCCGUACCUGAAAGCCCAUCCAAGCUGAGUUCCAAGAGGCCCAAGAGCAUCCUGAAGAAGAGGAGCAACAGUGAGCACCGCUCCCAUAGCACCGGCUUGAUCGAAGGCAUUGUGAGCCCUGCCUUACCAUCCCCUUUCAAAAUGGAGCAAGAUGUGUGCCGGACAGCCAUCCCCCUCUCCAGCUCUCCCGAGGCAGAUAUGUCAGGGAAGCUCAGCCUCAAACAGUCUGCCACGAUGCCCAAGAAAGGGAUCUUGAAAAAGACCCAGCAGAGAGAAUCUGGCUACUAUUCAUCCCCGGAGCGCAGCGAGUCCUCAGAACUGCUGGACAGUAAUGAUGUGGUCAUCAGCGGUGGCCUCUCGUCCCCUCCCCCAGACCCAGCCAGGGGAACUUCCCACAGCCUGUCCUGCCGGAGGAAGGGCAUCUUGAAACAUAGUAGCAGGUACUCAGAUGGUGCCACAGACCCUGCCCUCACCCGCCCUGAAAUGCCCACACUGGAAUCCUUGUCACCUCCCGGUGUCCCCUCUGAUGGCAUCUCUCGGAGCUACAGUCGCCCAUCCAGUAUCAUCAGCGACGACAGUGUCCUGUCCAGCGACUCUUUCGACUUGUUAGAUCUUCAGGAGAACCGGCCAGCCCGCCAGCGCAUCCGCAGCUGUGUCUCUGCUGAAAACUUCCUCCAGCUUCAGGACUUUGAGACACCACACAACCGGCCCCGGCCCCAGUACCUGAAGCGGUACCGGAACCGGCUGGCAGACAGUAGCUUCUCCCUUCUCACUGAUAUGGACGAUGUGACUCAGGUGUAUAAGAAAGCGCUGGAGAUCUGCAGCAAGCUCAACUAGCCCUUCCCUUCAGGGCACAGAGGAUGGGAUGGGUGGGUGGGUGAGUCCAAGGGAGAAGGGCAACUGAACUCAGCCUGCAAGCUGGUUACCUCUUUGCUGGUCAUGGCAACAGAUUGGGAAAAGACUAGUAACGUCUGGCCUGGCCAGUUUUCACAGCCUUGAGUCAGCACCUAAAAGGGAUAGAAACCGUUCUUCACCAGUUUUGCCAGCUGCCAGUUAGAAUGGGGGGUCUUCACUGGCAUUCCCAGGUGACAUCUCACAGGGAAGGUGGUGUUGGCCAGCAAGAAAUGGGAAGCAGCAUUAUGGGGAAGGGUGUGUUUCCUAGAAGUCAUCUAGAUGUUUCUGGAGAAGGGGAAGAAAGACUGAGACCAUCUGCUUUGGGUGGAUACAUUAGCGAGCCUGAUCUGACUACACGGGGGCUAGCAAGACUCCAGCAACCCGAGUGUGAAUUCGUGAUCGGUUGGUAACGUCUGUACUGUGGUCUGAGUUUAGUAGACUAGGCACACCAGGGAACAUUGAAUUGAGUACUAAUAGCUGCCAGGGAAUCAGGAGGGGAGGCAACAGCACACUUGCCAUGGCUAAGCUCUGGGAGUUAGGCUAAAGCACCAUGCUGUUUAAAAGAAAAACGGUUAACUCUUUCAUGGCACAGCAUGGCAUGUGUUAAUUUGCUCCUGGACCUUGAGUAGAAGACAGGGCUUGCUUAGAGAGUGAAUGUGCUGAAUUCUGUUAUGGAAAUAGUCUGGUAGCGGUGACGUUCCGGUUUUCCGGGAUCUGCCUCUUCUUCUCUUCUCUCUUGCCUUGUUCUUCUUUAGUGGGAUCUUCUGAAGGUAAGCAGGAAUAAAGAUGGCAGUGUGAGAGGCCAGGGCUUUGUGUGUAACUGGGCACAGAGCUGCUGUGGCCUUUGCACAGCGAAUGGACGGAUGGCGAAGCAUGCCAGCAAAGGGCGACUUAACACUUUCUUAAAUAUCUCAGUAUUAACUGGAACCCCGCCUUGUGGCUUCUCACCUGUACAAGGACAGGAUGCUACUCAGAGUCUCCAAAGCAUCCCUGGCUCAGCCAUAGGCCCCAUUCACCCCAAGUGUGGAAACUUAACUGUAGACGAGUUGCUUCUAGGGAGUUAGUAUGUAGGUGAAAUAUGUGGCCGAGGGAAAGUCCGGUUUGACAGAAGGUUCUUGUCUCCCCAGGCCUAAGUAUUCUGUCUCGUGGUUUUGAUCUCCCUCAUUUUGGGGGAAUAAACAAGUCCCAUCCAUCCAUCCACAGGAUAAGACGUUGAAAGAGCAGAGUGUUGCGGGGAGAAGGCUUAGGGACAUUUCCUCGGGAGUCACCCAGAUGGCUCUGGAGGAGGCAGAAAGGAGGUGUGUGUGUGGGGGGGGUGACAGGAUGCUUAAGAAUGUUCCAGCUAGUUAUGUCAUCCCCACGGAGGGGACCCUGGGGACACUGGGUGGGGGGAAUGAAAUGGUCUUUCUGGGCUGACCACGGAAUCCACUGGCUUAGUCAAAUUAGAAUCCUUCUUCUAAGGUGACUGCUUUCUGGGAGCCUCUCAGACAGGGUUGGGGGAGGAUUGCAUCAUGGGGGAAACCCCCUAAAAUCCGUCACUGCACUGAGGACAGUUGUCAGGGAGAUGUUGCUCUGUAUGGCAGAAGGCUGUUGUGCAUCUCUGUGUUUGGCCCCCCGCGCUUUCCUUUGGGCUGAACUGAGCAGGAUGUAGUGGGAAGCUGCUUCGAUUCUUUUGCUUCAGUUUCACCUCCUACCUGAACUGUGGCAGGGGCUGUAGGUAGAGAAGUGGCUCUGGCGCUUUGGAGGUGCAUAGAUAGCAGCAUGCAACCACCAAAUCCUCCAUCUCCCUGUGAACAUCCCCGGCUGCUACACCGCUGGCCCCUGGGCAGGCAGCUGGUCUCAGGUAACCAGCCUUUGCUGGUUAAUGGGAUUUUCCCCUUGUGCCAGCCGAUUGUGUCUUUUAGUAUUUCCCACCAUGCAAUGACUCCAUUAGGAAAACCAUCCCCUUCAGCUUUCUCUCCUUCUCCAUCACCAGGGUCACCAGUGUGUUCUCUUUUGGUGGAACUCUCAAAGACAAGUGAUUGGGGAAGGGAAACCAAAUGUUUCACACCAAGAACAGAGGCUCCGGUGUGUCCUCCGUUCCAGGGCUGACACUGAGUUGAGUCCAGGUCUGUCUUGAUCUGGAGGUCUCAGGCACCUGCAGUGGCUAUGAGGACUGCUUCCCAAAGGUGGAGGCUGGAGACGUGUGGCUGAGUGGUUCUCAAGCCCCCACUCAGUUCUGUCACCUGCUUCUACCUGAGAGGCUGACCGUCCCUGCAGGAAAUGAGGUAGAACCGAGAAUAAAGCCCUAAAAAAGCAGUUUCCCAAUGGAGCCCUGUUAUCCCCGCCGUCAGUCCCCAGCCAAAGAAGGGACGCCUGGCUCACUUCUGUGGAGUCCCCAGUGAGAGACACAGAUGGGCAGAGUGGAAGUCGCUGCCUGCCUUGACCUCUCCUGGUCCUCCAUUCGCUCCUGGGGUCCCUUCGUUCUUCGUUUACACAUCUGCCAAAGGGGGUGGGGUUGUAUUUCGUUUUACAGGUAAAAUUUCAAGGCACAAUCAGUUUUUAUGAAAGCGCUCCAAGACCCUAGGCAACAUGACAGUUCUCAGUUCCUUCUGAAUUUUAGUCUCUGCUACCUGGUGCUCUUUACUGAAGGAGCUCGCUGCAGGGUGAAGUUCAGGCGUGUUUUGCCCAGGCCUGCUGUCUUGAGUACAAAUGUGAGUGAUGGACUGACUGCUUGUUGCCAAACUGGAAAUGUUUUGUAGGGAUUUACUGGCAUGGUAUCAUUCCUAGGAAGAAGAAGAAGAAGAAGAAGAAAAAAGGAAAAAGAAAAAAAAAAAAGAAAAAGGGACAGGAGAGGGAGAGAAACUUGACUGCACAUUUUUUAUUAUUAUUAUUAAAUCCAUGUUGUGACUUUUAUUUAAUUUCUAUAUUUUUUGGUAAUAAAAAGUUGACUUUUUAAUUUGAAUUUGUCUUUUUUUUUAUUUAUUGGUCUGAAAGGCAUUUCAAAAGUAUUAUAAUAAUAUAUUGGUGUAAUUUAAUUGGUUCAGCAUGCCUUCUGGGCUCCAGUCAAAGUUAGUUUUUACUUAUUUGAUUGGUUUGAGAACAGCCUACAGGGAGAGGAAGAGAAAAGCUGGCUAAUUACCCAAUGUGUUCAUCUUUCAUUGGAAACUGAAGUUUUGUCAUUUUUGUUUCUGUUUUUUAUUUUAAAUUAAAUAAAUUGCGAUGAAC